AUGUUUUUGCAACGUAUCCUGGUGGUCAUAUUCACGAUCAUAAUUAUCCAAUGUUUCACUCUGCAAACCAACUCGAAUGACUUGAGAAGAAGACGAAGCGAAACAGAUGAGACACCAUUCAUCUCUCAACCAGACCUAACUGCUGCUGCGGCUAUCGCACACGAUCAUCCCAAAUCCGAAAACGAACCUACGCCUGAGCCUGAACCACUAUUAGCAACUGAGUUAUCAAGAGCAGCAACAACCGUGGAAUCAGCACUCAGGUCGUCUUUCUCUUAUUCUCCUCCUGAAUCGACAAUUUCUCAGCCUUCUGAAUCCGCGACACCAUCACUUCCACUUGCAAUUCAGCCUGAGCCAACAAGACCCCAGCUCGAAUCUGACCCUGCUUCUUCUCCUUCAGUCGCAAUUUCAGCCCCUGCUUAUGCUGCCGAUUCAUCUAAAAUGUUGUCUGAUGAUGCUUUGGAGCAGAUUAGUGCCGAAGAUUAUGGUGAUAUUACUGAGUCGGUAAGUAUUCGUUUUGAUAACGAUGUGAUUCAACAAUUGGUUGAUCGUUUCUUGAAUACGGGUAAUACGGAGGAUGAAAAAGAAACGAAAGUGAAUAAAGCUGCGCAAUCAUUACCGGAGCAUUCUAUAAAAGAUCCUGCGUUGGCAAAAAAAUGGAUGGAUGGUUAUUCGGUAGAAGCACAAAAAGUUUUGUAUCAAGUGACAACGGCCGGAUGGAGUUAUGUAACGUCUGUAUCGCAUCUUACGAAACAAUUAUUUGAUGAAGCCGAUCAGGUUGAAAAGAAAUUGUCGUUUUUUGAGGUGCUAUCUGAAUUUGUGAAAGCAACUUCCAAACAAGCGAAACAGUUUGAUUUGAGUGUGAUCGAAGAUCCAAUCCUACGAAAACAGUUCGAAAUCUUAUCAAUUGAUGGAGUUAAUGCACUGGACGAUGCAUCAUUACAGGAAUAUAGUGACAUUCAAGCAGCGAUCAACAAGAAGAUCACCGAUGCAGCCAUCUGCGAAUUGGAUCAUUCUCCACCAUGCGUACUAAAGCACGCCGAUUUACCGUCCAUAUUAGCACGUGAGAAGAACGCAAAAAAUGCGAAGCAUAUUUGGUUGAUGUGGCGUGCUACAAUUUCCCCACAGCUCGCACCCUCAUAUGAACGUUUAAUGGAACUCACGAAUCAGGGAGCCACAUUGAAUGGAUUCAGUAACGGAGGUGCAAUGUGGCGUAGCCCAUAUGAUUUGUCGAUCGAGAGUGGUCGACCGAAACUGAACAUGCUUGACGAAAUGAAUCGCCUGUUCGAUCAAAUCUUACCAUUUUAUAAGCAGCUACAUGCUUAUGUGAGACGUCAACUAACCGGUGUUUUUGGUAUUGAAAAUACCGUAGAGCUGAGCAAGGAUGGACCUAUUCCAGCACAUUUAUUAAAAUCGUUGAUUGGUGAUGAUUGGACUGCGCUUUAUUAUGACACGAGACCAUUCGAAAGUGACGAUACGCGUUCGGAAGAAAUUAACGCAAAUCUGCAUCGACUAAACUACACGUCAAAAGCCAUGUUCAUUCAGGCGUAUAAAUAUUUCAAACAGUUAGGAUUCGGUAAACUCCCGCAUACUCUGUGGACAAAAUCGGUAUUUUCAAGAACAUGGAGUAAAGACAUGGUGUGCAAUCCGGCAGUUGCGUAUGAUAUGCGAGAUGUAAACGCAAACGAUUACAGGAUUAAAGCAUGCGUACAGCCGAAUGAGAAUGAUUUUAAACGAGCACAUAAACUAAUGGCACAUCUGUACUAUGAAUACUUGUAUCGAGAACAGCCUUUCCCAUUACGUGAAGCAGCCAAUCCGAGUACUUUAAUGGCACUAAUCAAUGCAUUUGCAAAUUUAGCCACAAAUAUUGACUAUCUUAAAUCAUUGGCCAUGCUGUGCUAUUUGGAUUUUGUAGUCUAUGGACCGCCUCUAUGGUUUCUUCUUUUCUCAUGUGAGGAACAUGAAGUAGAUAUUAUUAAACUUCUCCCAACUGGGGCUAGCAAUGGACAUGCGGCUCAAGUGAAUAUGCUCUAUUUGGAAGCGUUGGAACAGUUCGUGAAACUACCCUACGAUCUAGUGGUUGAUGUUUGGCGAUUCAAUAUAUUUGACGGAAAAACAACGAAAGAGACUUGGAACGAUGACUGGUGGAAGUUGAGAGAACAUUAUCAAGGUUUGAAAGGCCCUUCUCAUCAAGCCACUGAUUUUGAUGCAAUCGUUUCACCUGCAAUCUCCCAGAAACACUCACCAGCUAUCAGACAUUUCGUCUCGUAUAUAAUGCAGUUCCAAUUCAUGAAAGCACUGUGCAACAAUAAAACCACUAAUUUGAAUGAGGGAUGUCGACUACAAAAAUCCGCAGUUGCAAAUGUAAAGAGAGUCAUGAUGGCUGGAUCGUCGAUUAAUUGGAUGGAUGCGCUCAAAAUGAUAACAGGUUCAGAGCAGUUGGAUGCGAAACCUUUAUUAGAAUAUUAUGAGCCGCUGAUCAGUUGGUUGGGGAACGCGAACGAGCAUGAUCAAGUGGUAGUUGGUUGGGAUGGUGUCGGCACACCUUUCUCUGAGUAUGAUCUAAUCUCGAUUCGAUUCAUUUUACCAUGGCUGUUUUUAAAUUAUGCAGCAAAGUUGGAACGCGCAAAAAUGAAAAUUCUAAAAAAAGACCCAAAGAUUUUAUUUUUCAGAUCGGAAGUUCCUGUUGCACGAACGAACACUUCGAACGCGGAUCUGCAUCAAGUGUUGAGUGAAGAUCAAGUUGCUUUUCCAGGUGGUGAUUGCUCGAAAGGUCAAGAAUGUCUGUUAGAUUCGACGUGUAAGAACGGUCUAUGCGAGUGUAACGAAGGCCUUUUCACGCUCAAAAUCGCGAACACGUACAACUGCGUUCCGGGCAAUCCAGCCGACGCAGGAUUCGGAGGAGGACACGGUGGUUUAGUGAUAGGUCUUUAUCCGGAGGAAGGUGACGGCGACAAAAUGACAACUCCGGAACCUAGCGCGGAGCCAGAACCAACGGCUUCGGCGAAACCGGUACAGGCGUCAAAUCCAAAAUCAAAAUCAGCGGUCGGCACAUGUUUCAGUAGCACUCUAAUCGGUGUCUGUUUAACAGCAUUCGUCUACGUGAGAUUAUUAACGAGGCACGCAUAA